AUGCUUUUGGUUAAUGGGGGCAGCCAGCUAGCGGCUAAACGACGAGGCGACGGUCCGGUCGAGGAGCACAGGCGGCUUCGGAAACCAGCUCAUGAGCUGUCCAGAGAUAGGGUUGGAGGUGAGACCUCAAAUACAGACACCAGAGAUACACUGAGGAAGACAGACAGCAUGGAACUAAUAUCUCCUACUAUGGGAGGAGAGAGCAGCAGUCCAGACUCCCCAGUGUCUCCCAGUGGGUCUGAGCUGAGACUGGUGCUGCUGGGGAGGACUGGUGCUGGGAGGAGGGCAGCAGGAAGCACCAUCCUGGGAAGGGAGGAGUUUGGGGCCCAGGCCAGCCCCUCUGCAGUGACCCAGAGGAGUGUGAGGAGAGAGGGGGAGGUGUGUGGGAGACACCUGGUGCUGGUGGACACUCCAGACUGGUUCUGUCCUGGACUCUCUCUGGAGGAGAUCAGACAGGAUGUGGGGCUCUGUGUCCGUCUGUCUGCCCCGGGACCCCACGCCUUCCUCCUGGUCAUACCAGUGGAGCCCUCCAAGGAGGAGGAGAGAGGGGUGCUGGAGAGAAUGGAGGAGAUGUUUGGGGAGGGGUGUUGGGGACACACUGUGAUUCUAUUCACCCAUGAUGACAGCCUGAAAGAGCAGAGCAUUGGGGAGUUUCUCCAAGCAGGGAGUCAGGACCUCCAGCAGCUUGUAGAGAAGUGUGGGAGCAGAUACCAUGUCCUCAACAUUAAGGACAGGACCAAUGACACUCAGGUCCCAGAGCUACUGGAGAAGAUAGAGGAGAUGGUGUCAGGAAACAGAGAGAGCUUCUACUGCAGUCAGACCUACCAGGAGACAGAGGCCCAGGUCAGAGAGAUGGAGAGAAAGAUCCAGAGGGAGAUGGAGGAGAGGAAAAGGAGACAUAAAAAAGAGACAAGAGAGAGGUUUGAGAGGGAACUGCAAGAAUCUCUGAAGGAGAAAGAUGAUGCCAGUGUGGACUGA